AGCUCCUGGAACGGCUCCAAAUGUACACACUUCCUCCCUCCUUUUGUGCCACGCUCUCACAGCCAAAGAACCCCAUCUCACAAACUUGACGCCAAAUAUGUCGACGGCAAGAUUCCAACCGACUACGACGUUAGCUGCUGCAUCGGCGGCUUGUGCUUUCUCAUCCUCAGUUAAGCACCACCUUGGUUUCACUCUUCGUCUUCCUCGCAACAACUCCGUUUUUAGAAGCCACUCAAUCAGAAGAAGAAACCUGUCUGUUUUUGCAAUGUCUGCUGUAUCCGACCCUCUCGAAGUCUGUGUCAAAGCCUCCAUUACUGUCCCCAACAAGCUUGGCGACUGCCCUUUUUGCCAAAGAGUAUUGUUGACUAUGGAGGAAAAGCAUCUCCCUUAUGAUAUGAAGUUGGUAGAUUUGGCUAACAAGCCAGAAUGGUUCUUGAAAUUAAGCCCAGAAGGUAAAGUUCCUGUGGUAAAGCUUGAGGAUAAGUGGGUUCCAGACUCAGAUGUUAUCACACAAUCACUAGAAGAAAAGUUUCCUGAUCCACAGUUGGGAACCCCACCUGAGAAGGCUUCAGUUGGCUCAAAGAUCUUCUCCACAUUUAUUGGUUUUCUUAAAAGCAAAGAUGCAAGUGAUGGGACAGAACAGGCAUUACUCAAUGAGCUAAGUGCACUGAAUGACUAUAUCAAAGAAAAUGGCCCUUUUAUCAAUGGAGAAAAGGUUUCUGCAGCCGAUUUGUCACUGGGACCAAAGUUGUACCAUCUAGAGAUUGCAUUGGGGCAUUAUAAGAAGUGGUCGGUUCCAGAGUCACUUCCCUAUGUCAAAUCUUACAUGAAGGCAAUUUUCUCGUUGGAUUCAUUUGUUAAAACACGGGCUCUCCCAGAGGAUGUUAUUGCUGGUUGGCGUCCAAAAGUCUAUCCUGCUGCUUUACUGCGGGAAAUCUACUGGUAGCUACCAAUAUCUGUCUGAUUUAGCUUCUUGCAUGUAUUUAGGCUUAAAACAAAAGCUGAUGCUUCCCCCCUCUCUGUCAGGCAGCAUUUAUCCCCAUUAUUUCUGUAUUUAAAAAAAAAAAAAAAAAGGAAAGAGAGAUUCUUGACAGUUAUGUAUCAUAUAUAUGUCAAUUAAUUGUGUAUAGUAACCUACAAAGCUUUUGCAUCUCCUGGAAAGCAAAUCGGUGAUUACAGACCACAGGUUUACUUGUGUUU